AUGCAUCGCCCGCUGGGCUUCUCGGCCUUUCUGGUCACGCUGUUCUUGAUAUUCGGCCUACCCGUCAUCCUCGCCCAGAGUGAGCCGUUCCACUGUUAUCCGUACCCGCCCGCCGACAAGCUCGCCAGUCCCUUCAUCACCCUGCAGCCGCAUUGCUGUAAGGGCUCAAUCGACAACAAGCUGAGAGUAGGCACCGACUGCGAAUUGGCCAACGGAGGAAAAUACAAGACAAAGUUUGGACAGGAUCUGGGAACUUGCGCGACAGGCUGGGUGGACGCGUGCUGCAUGCGACUGCAUUACCCGCCCGAAAUUGCCCGGCCAGAAAUGUCCUACUGCGAUGCAGGCUUUCUUGUCAAGGCUGAAGCCAAGAAUAUUAUCGACGCCCGUAGCUGGAACCCGAAGAAAUACGGAAUUUGA